AUGCUGUGUGCAUCCUGGCAGAAAGAACACUUUUUGACCGCCUCGCUGUUUCAGUUGGAAGUCGUUGACGUCCAACACGGAGCUGUCAAUCGAGACACUAGGUUUACUUUUGGUUGGGGGCGGGCGGUACCGGAUGUGCAUUCUGUACGACUUGUUGAUGAUCGACAGGAGCAUCUGGCAGACGUGUACCGACACCUCACCAACUACUCCAUCAACAAGGGCGCCGAGAACUUCCAGGAGAACCAGCGGGUGCAGGCGGACAACUACGGCCACAAAUGGAGCCUGUCUGCCCUGAACCGGCACUUGCGCUGCGUUGGUGUGGAUGUGAAGGAGAUGUGGAGCAGAAUCAUGGACCUCAUCGUGAAGACGCUCCUGGGGGUAGAGCCGGUUAUCAGUGCGGCCACGAAGGAGGCCUGCAUCCAUGAGCACAGCUGCUUCGAGCUUUACGGGUUCGAUGUGCUGGUGGAUGAGAGCCUGAAGCCGUGGUUGCUGGAGGUGAACCUGAGCCCAAGCAUGCAGGCAGACUCGCCCCUGGACAAGCAGAUCAAGUCGACCUUGCUUACGGAUGCCUUCAACCUGAUAGGCGUGAGGAAGCUGGACGCCUCCACGCUGACGUCGGCUCGACUGAGGGCUCGAUUCCUGUACAUGAACAAGCUACAGAAGUCGAUGCCCUCAAAGAGUAGCAGUCUCCUGGGCCAUCGACAGGAUCCGCUCCGCCGUCCUGAGACCGAGGAGAGCGAGGGAGCAGCUGGCGAGGACGGAGCCUCGUCGCCGCCCCGGCCUCCUCGUCGCUUCUUCAGCCACAAGCGCCAGGUGGCUUUAGACAUGCUCGGAGAGACACAGCUCAAGCUCUUAGGCGACACGCUGCAAGAGUCACUGCGCUGCAACAACUUUAUUCGCCUGUACCCGACGCCCUUCACGCUGCGCCGCUACGAGGGCAUUUCACAGCUCAGGAUGCAGGAAGAUGAGUUCCGCGCGCAGCUUCUCGUUGCGGUGCUGUACGCGCGGCAGCUGCCAACCUUCUGCAGGGAGCCGCAUCCGCCCGAGGAAGAGCCGGAGCUCAUCCAGGAGACGCCUGCGGACGCGGCAGAAGCCAAGAAGGUGAUCCAGCUCCCCAGCACCAGCAACAUGAAGAUCAUGGAGGAGGCACUGCAAACCCUGAAGGUGCUCGGCAGCAAGAUGUCCUCGCAGCUGUUGCUGAUGGAGUACUUGGUGCGUCUGCUCAACAUCAGCUCGAAGUUGAGUGACGCCGCCCGGCGGAAGUUGGAAAGCCCGCAGCAGACCGCCAUCGCAGGCGUCAUCUCGGUAUUCCGGCAGCAACUGUCGCUCUGGCUCCGUGGAUCAAAGAAACAGCCACCUCCUCCACAAAACGUGGUGAAGAAAGGCGACGUCUUGGAGGAGGCUGAGGAUGUUUGCUUGCAGGCUUUGGUGCAGAUCCUUUGCGACACUUGGGGCGGCAGCCGUGAGGCAGUGAUGAAGUCUGUCGCCGCCAUUCGCUCCGAGCUCGCCCUCGUGAGGAUCGCACCCGAACCGUUUGUCCGCAGCAGCAGCGGCUGUCGCGCGAUCAAAGCGCUCGGCGAUUUGACAGCCACGGACAUGGAAGCCAUCUUCAGGGCGCCACAGUGCCCACCAGAGUUGAAGUGCAUCUUUUUGGUUCCGGAGCCAGAUGAGCAGAUGGCAGCGGGAAUUGGCUGGCACGUCCUCAGACGCAUGUCCCAGGCCGGUCCGCUCAGCGAGCUGGAGUUUCUCCAGCACGUCAUGCUGCAGCCACCCCUGCCGAAGAACAAUGUCGUCCAGCCUGGCGAAACGCCUCCGCUGAACCCAAGGAUGAUGAUGUCAGCCUCCUCACCCACACUGCAGAAGCGAGCGCGGCCGGCUGGUCCUCUGGCACCCUUAGGGCAUCGGCUUCCCUUCCCGUCCGGCGUGGCCUACAGCCGCAAGAGCAUGCUCGCUCUUGGCACGGUUUCCGCCGUGAGCCACGACAUCGAGCUGUGA